AUGCGGCGGGCCGACAGCGUGUGGCUGGUGUGGCUGGUGUGGCUGGUGUGGCUGCUGGCGCUGGCUGUGCUGUCCUCGGCGCAGCAGUUCCCGGACCCGCGCUACGACAAGAGGGACGAGGUGGCGCUGCCUGUGAGGGGCGCCGGCCACGGCUGGGGCAGUCGCUCUGGCCGCAGCGGGGGCCACGCGGAGGUGUCCCUGAGGAACGACCGCUUCUUCCUGGGCAGUCGGUACGGCAAGCGGGCCGAGCUGCUGCCGUCGGCGGGGUCCGUCCAGGCGGGGGAGGGCGGCCCGCUGACCUGCCUCUACACCGGGGUCACCAACCUCUACCGCUGCUUCGACAGGAAAGAUAAUGCAAGCGAAGACUUCCCAUCAUCUCACAACUGAGAGCCGGGAUCGAGUAUCUGGCGCCUGACGGGGUAGGCAGGCCCGCGCUCACCCUGCCCGCCCCUGCGCGGACCUGCCCGGACCUGUUCAGACCUGCUCCGACCGGCGCGGACCUGCCCGGACCUGCCCAGACCUGUACCAACCUGCCUCGACCUGCUCCAGCACAGACGAGCGCCUGCCUGCCCUGACCUUAUCAUCCGCGCGUGACACUCUGUACCCACUGUUUGUUAAUUGUCAAUAAAUACACGUCUCGAAACUGU